UAAUUUUAAAAUGUUUAUUAAGUAUUCCACAUUUUCUUCAUCUUAUUGUUUUAAACCAAAUUUACUGGUAAAAUUUAAUAAUCCAGAAUUUGUGUUUGAUCAAUAUUUUAUUUUAGAACUAACAAAACAUUUGACAUCAAUCUAAAAUAAUAUAUUAGCACAUAGUUAAUAAUAUAAAAUCAAAUAUAUAAAUUAAAAAAAAAUCAUAAGGAAAAAAAUCCAAUAUUUUUGUACAAAAAAAAUAUUUUACUAAUUAUCAAAACAAUCAUAAUUACAAUAGAAUAAACAAAGAAGAUAUGUAAAAGUAUUAUGUAUUCAUGAACAUGUUAAUAUUAAGAUAAUCAUAAUCUAUGAUAACAAUAACAAAACAUACACAAUACAAAUUAAUAUCGCCGUAAAUUUAGGUAAGCUAAACAUUUUCAAAUACUCAUUAACAUUAAUUAUAUAUUUAUGUAUUUUUUGGUUAUUAAUCCGUCCUACCAACCCUAUUUUUCUAAUAAAAAAGCAUGACUUCGUUGUAUUAAUCACAAUUUCAUCAAUUAAAUAGAUACAUUUUCUCAUCUAAUCAAAUCUCUCUCCACAAAAAUAAAUCAAAUCUUUCUCUCUCUCGUCUCAUACAGUAUGGAGAAAGAUUCUUGGGCAGAUCUGUGGGACAACAAUCAGUCUACGGCGAAAACAACCGAGGACGGUAAAAGCGGCAGCGGCGGAGGUGGUGGGUCGGGUAAAUACAAAGAGAAGAUGGAGGCUGGACUGGGGAAGACGAAAGCGGCGGCGAGUUCGGGGUUUAAGAAAGUGAAGACAGGAACGUCGUUGGGUCUUAGCUGGGUCAAAGACAAGUAUACCAAAACCACCUCCAAGAAGAAUUGAUUUCUUUUGCGUUUCGAUUUCGCAUUAAAUAAUAAUGGGUUUUGUAUAAUCAUCGAACAGAUAUGAUGAAAUCGAAUAUUAUUUGUUUUGGAUUCUUCUUGUGAUCUUUUGGACAGAUUAGGUUUGUUUGAUCAUGUGAAGAAGAUUCACAAGUAUAUUUCAAAAUCUUUUUUUCUUUAA